AGGGGUUGGGCCCUGCGCACUUGAACUCGAAGCUUAGGGCCUCGACUGGCCUCCAGCUCCCAGGAGAAGCCGCCAGGGGGCGCCCUCCCGACUUGGCCUCAUGGGCUCGGUGGCCGUGGGAAGCCACAUCUGCCCAGCAGGUGCCCCUGCCCAGAGCAAACAGCGGCCGGGAGCCCGGGCCUUGAGAUAAGGCGGGAAGGGGGGGGCGAGGGGAGGCUAUAUCCGGCCUGAGGGCCCGGAGCGGGGCGCGCAGGGUGCUGAGGGCAGCAGCACGGGCCGCACCCAGAGGGCUGAGGGAGCGGCUGGCGGCCUCGGGACGCGGCCAUGGACCCUGUGGGGGCAGCAGAGCCCUCGGCGCCCCCCGGCCCUCUGACUCACCUGAACCUGCGGGACCCCCCGGAGGCGCGGCCGCGGAGCGCAGCGGACGGGCGGAGCCCGGCGGGCGGCUGGAGCAGGGCCUCCCCGGAGCACACCACUGUCCUGCGGGAGGGCGUGCGCCGGUGCCUGCAGCAGCAGUGCGAGCAGACGGUGCGGAUCCUGCACGCCAAGGUGGCCCAGAAAUCCUACGGAAAUGAGAAGCGGUUCUUCUGCCCCCCGCCCUGUGUCUACCUCGCAGGUCCUGGCUGGAGGGUGAAGCCGGUGCCGGGCCAAGCCCACCUCGCCGGGGACACGGGGCCCACCGUCUGCGGCUACAUGGGACUGGACGGCGCAUCCGGCAGCGCAGCCGAGACGCAGAAGUUAAAUUUCGAGGAGCAGCCCGACUCCAGGGAAUUCGGCUGCGCCAAGACCCUGUACAUCUCAGACGCAGACAAGAGGAAGCACUUCAGGCUGGUGCUGCGGCUGGUGCUCCGGGGGGGCCGGGAGCUGGGCACCUUCCACAGCCGCCUCAUCAAGGUCAUCUCCAAGCCCUCGCAGAAGAAGCAGUCGCUGAAAAACACCGACCUGUGCAUAUCCUCGGGCUCCAAGGUCUCCCUCUUCAACCGCCUGCGCUCCCAGACGGUCUCCACGCGCUACCUCUCGGUGGAGGACGGGGCCUUCGUGGCCAGUGCGCGCCAGUGGGCGGCCUUCACCCUGCACCUGGCUGAUGACCACUCUUCCCAGGGGGACUUCCCCCCUCGAGAGGGCUACAUCCGCUAUGGCUCCCUGGUGCGGCUGGUCUGCACUGUCACGGGCAUCACGCUCCCUCCGAUGAUCAUCCGCAAAGUGGCCAAGCAGUGUGCGCUCCUCGACGUGGACGAGCCCAUCUCCCAGCUGCACAAGUGCGCGCUCCAGUUCCCCGGGGGCCCUCCUGGCGGCGGGGGCACCUACCUGUGUCUGGCCACAGAGAAGGUGGUGCAGUUCCAGGCUGCCCCCUGCCCCAAGGAGGCCAACCGGGCGCUGCUCAACGACAGCUCCUGCUGGACCAUCAUAGGCACCGAGGCGGUGGAGUUCUCCUUCAGCGCCAGCCUGGCGCGCACCCGGGAGCCCGUCACCCCGGUGCCCCUCGUCAGCGCCCUGGAGCUCAGCGGCGGGGGAGACGUGGCCACUCUGGAGCUCCACGGGGAGAACUUCCACGCGGGGCUCAAGGUGUGGUUCGGGGACGUGGAGGCGGAAACCAUGUACAGGAGCCCGCGGUCCCUGGUGUGCGUGGUGCCCGUGGUGGCCGCCUUUGGCAGCGCCUGGCGCUGGCUGCGCACGCCCAUCACCGUGGCCGUGAGCCUGGUGCGCGCCGACGGCCUGCUGUACCCCAGCGCCUUCUCCUUCACCUACACCCCCGAGCUCAGCGCGCUGCCCGCGCCCCCGGGGGCGCCCGCCCCCGCCGCCCCCGCCGCCGCCGACGCCGACGCGCUGCUGGAGAGCAUCCACCGCGAGUUCACGCGCACCAACUUCCACCUCUUCAUCCAGACCUAGGCCCCGACUCCCCUCCCACCCUCUGCCCGGGCGCCCGGCGCCCCGCCCUCUGCCCCGGGUGCCGCGGAGGCCGGGGGCCGCCGGGCCCAGCAGCCCUGAAACCCGGCCCUGCGGGCUUGCAACUGGCUGCUCCUCUGACGCCCAGGAAGAUGCUCUCUUUGCUGCACUCCGGGCGGCUCUCCCGCCUUUGUCUACGGUUCACUCUAAAUCACAGUCUGUCUCCCUCCCUCGGUACCUUUGUGGAUGUCUCUCUGUGUGCCCUGUUGCUCCAUCUUUGUCUCUGUCUCACAGCGUUUCUCACGCCCAGGCCUGGCCUACAGACCCUGGAGCACCGGGCCCUGAUGGGAGUAUGAGAUCUGUGGGGGUUGUCAGGUCCCCCCUGAGCCCCGGGUCCCACCUGGAGGCAGGUGCUGCACCUUGGCCGGUGCUUCCUCUUUGGCUCACGUCUUUAGUGGUUGGGCAGGUGCCUGGGCACUGGGAGGGUCUUGCCAUCUUCACUAUCCACCAGGCCCUUCUCUUGUAGGCCCAUGAGGAUGCAGUACUGAGGGCCAGGGGUCACUCUGCUGUGCUAGCAGCACCUCCAAUCCAAGUGAGACUCUAAUCUGUACAACCCACCUGUCCUUCCAGUGUGCUUCCCCCGCCCUCACAGGGGGGAGGAAGCACGCCACGGAGCAGAGAGCCUGUCCUGUGGGCCCCUCCUGGAGAAGAAGCCAGCAGCCCUGGCCGGAUGCCGCCCCUGGGGGCCACCUGUUCACGCUGGCAAUGAGUUAUCCUACCAACAACCCCACCCCAAGCAAAGAUGCACCCCAGACACACAGGGAGAACACAGGACACAAUAAAACGUCCCCAGGACACCUCCAGACACAUCUGAGAUCAACCGGGCAGUAACCCAGCUGCGAGAGAAGCUUCUCUGCAUGAGGCCCGGAGACCAGGCCACAGCCAUCCCUGCGCAGCCCGCCCGCCCUCUGCCGCUCUGUGCUCUCCGGGAAGCAGAGGGCCCGGACAGGGUCCUGAUUCUGGCUGCUGGAACCGGGCACACCUAUCACAGGUACCAGCGGCCUGUACCAGCUCCUCCUGGUGCCAAGUGGAGAGAACCAGUUUGAAGUGCUGGUUCAGGGUUCUCACCUCCUCCCUGCCUGGACUUCCCUUGAACUCUGAGGAGGGGCUGUUUUCUGCAGAAACUCCUCCCCCAGAACAUGGAAAGCCCCAGGAGAAAGAAGAUGCUGACACUUCCCAAGAAGUUUGCUCUUUAGACUCCCCAAAGCCUCGGUCAGCAGGGUGAACCCCCUCCCCCAUCCCAGGGAAGGAGCAGCUGGUUCCAGGCCCCUCCUAGCCAAGGAAUGCAGGGCACAAGCUGAAGGGGAAAUGCCCCCGAGGUGAGUGCUCACCUCAGGAGAGCUUGGGCUCCGUGCCUGUGGUGGUGGUGAAGCCGGAAGCCACUCCUGAGGAGGCUGAGAGGAGUUUCGUAGCCCACCACACAGGAAGUUGGGGCUCAAGGGCCCAUCCAGCCCUGCCCUCAAGGACUUCCUCUGCCACUCCACAGGCAGGCCUGCUGGAAGCCAAGAAUCUGGCUGGCCUGAGAGCCCUGGCCCAGCUAUGCAGCUUCCCCAGGGCACCCUAGAUCCCUGGGUCCCACCCGCACUCCCUCCUGGAAGUCUAUGACCUCAACGCUCCAGCCCGAGCCUGAGUUCCAGCUGCUGGACUGUCCCUGGAGGUCCUCCCAGCCUAAGCCUGAAUCCAUGGAACAUCAAACUCCCCUCCCUGCCCGACCCCUCUCACAGCCCUUCCUCUCUGAUCUCCUUCCCCCACAUCACCCAGUUCCCAAGGCCUAAGGACUGACUCCAGCCCUCCUUCCACACUAAAAUAGGCCUCCUUCGCUCUCCUGCCACUACCACCCUGUCCUCCAAACCCAGCUCAGAUGCCACUGCCACCAAGGUCUCCCCAAGGCAGGAUCAACUGCACAAUGUGUGGGGCCCCGUCCCAAAGUUAUUCCGAAUUCCAAGACAGUGACAGCGGAACCUGAAAUCAAGGCAGGGCCCUGCUAAGCACAAGGCCUAGUGUGACUGUACAUGUCACCAGGCCAUACAGCAGGUCGUGUGUCCACACGGUGGAAAGCCUCACUGGGAGCACGCCCCCCUUGGAAUAAAGGGCUUUGUGUACAUUUCAAGUGUCCCCUGUAGACCACGAGCUUCAAGUGGAAAGGAGCUCGUCGCUGUAUAUCCUGGAGGGCGCAGUACAAUGCUUGGUUAUUGAGUUGGGCUCAAUAAAUACCAAAUUGCAUUCCA